UACACAUCCCAAAUUUUAAAAUUUCCCCAGAAAAAUUACAACCAUCAGAGAGAAGAAUCGUACGUUUUUCAACUCAUCUGCGAAAAUGGCAAUGGAGGAAGAACAAGAACAAAAACCCAAGGACCCAGAAAUGGCAGAGCUCGAAAUGCAACUACUCAGAUCCAGAGCCACAGAACAUCUCCUCAGAGAAGAAUGGAACGACGCCGUUCACGCCUACUCCCAAUUCAUCCGCCACUGCUCGAAUCACCAAACGGAUCUCUCCAAGCUUCACAAAUCUCUCUGUUUAGCCCUCUGCAACCGAGCCGAAGCCCGAUCCAAACUCAGAAAUUUCGACCAAGCCUUGAAAGAUUGUGAAGAAGCUUUGAUAAUCGACAGCACCCACUUCAAAACUCUGCUCUGUAAAGGUAAGAUUCUGCUCAAUCUCAACAGGUACUCUGCCGCAUUGGAUUGCUUCAAAUCGGCUCUCCACGACCCACAGGUCAUUGGGAGCUCCGAAAAUCUUAAUGGGUAUCUCGAGAAAUGCAAGAAACUCGAACAUUUGUCGAGGACUGGAGCUUUCGAUCUCUCCGAUUGGGUUCUAAAUGGGUUUCGUGGGAAACCCCCAGAAUUGGCCGAAUUCAUCGGCGCGGUGCAAAUUAGAAGAUCUGCCAUCAGCGGGCGUGGGCUAUUCGCGACUAAGAAUGUAGAUGCUGGGACUUUAUUUCUAGUCACCAAAGCAAUCGCGAUCGAAAGAGGGAUUUUACCAGAAAAUCGCGACGAAAACGCCCAAUUAGUAAUGUGGAAGAAUUUCAUCGAUAAAGUCACGGAUUCCGCCACAAAAAGUGCCAAAACGAAGAAUCUUAUUGGGUUACUCUCGAUCGGCGAAACAGAGGAGCGACUCGAGGUUCCAGAAAUGGGUUUCUUCAAGCCAGAAACAGAGGAUCAGACGAGUAAAGAAAUUGACCAAUCUGAAGAAAGGGGCAGAAUCGUUACCGUUUUGGACAUCAAUUCCCUCGUUGAAGAUGCAGCUUCCGCGAAGGUUUUGGGGAAAAACAGAGAUUACUACGGAGUUGGACUAUGGGUAUUAGCCUCAUUCAUAAACCAUUCUUGCAGCCCCAACGCCAGACGCUUGCACAUUGGAGAUCACAUAAUGGUCCACGCUUCAAGAGACAUAAAAGCAGGGGAAGAGAUCACAUUCCCAUAUUUCGAUCCGCUUUCGCCGUCGAGAACCCGCAAGAAAAUGUCGCAGACUUGGGGGUUCGAAUGCAAUUGCAAGAGAUGCAAAUUCGAAGAACAGAUCAGCAGCAGAGAAGAGAUGAAAGAGAUUGAAAUGGGAGUUGAAGGAGGAACUGAAAUGGGAGCUGUAGUUUACAAAUUGGAAGAGGGAAUGAGGAGGUGGAUGGUGAGGGGAAGAGAGAAGGGGUAUCUGAGGGCGGCGUUUUGGGCAGCGUACGGCGAAUUUUUUGGAUCGGAGAAGGCGAUGAAGAAAUGGGGGAGAAGAAUUCCGGCGGCGGAGAUGGUGGCGGAGAGUGUUGCAGAGGCGGUGGGGAGCGAUGAGAGAGUGGUGAAGAUGAUGGUGGAGAGGUUUAAGAGAAGUAAAAACAAUGGUGGGGUUAUGGAAAUGGAUAGGGUUUUGAAGUUGGGGAGAGGGAUUUAUGGGAAGGUGAUGAAGAAACAGGCUUUGAGGUCUGUUCUUGAGCUUGGGGGUGGCAGCCAUGAAUAUGGCUACUAGUUUUUUUUUGUGUUUUCUUCUUCUCUGUUUUCUUCCAUCUGCUUCUGUUUUGUGAAGCUAUGGGAUGGAUGUUUUUUUUUUUUUCGUUUUUGUUCUUCUUCUUUCUUUUCUGCUCUGAAUUGUUUCCUCAAAUUAGGAGGAAGAACAUGUUCAAUAAAGAUGCAAACAGCUU